UGCUACGGGAUGACUUCCGCCAAAACCCUACAGAUGUUGUGGUGGCAGCUGGAGAGCCUGCCAUAUUGGAGUGCCAGCCACCUCGUGGACACCCUGAGCCUACCAUCUACUGGAAGAAAGAUAAAGUCCGUAUUGAUGACAAGUAAGAGCGGAUCAGUAUACGUGGUGGGAAGCUGAUGAUCUCCAAUACAAGAAAAAGUGAUGCCGGAAUGUACACUUGUGUUGGAACCAACAUGGUGGGCGAGCGAGACAGCGAUCCGGCAGAGCUGACUGUCUUUGAACGGCCCACGUUUCUCAGGCGACCGAUUAACCAAGUGGUGCUGGAAGAGGAGGCCGUGGAUUUCCGGUGCCAGGUGCAGGGGGAUCCCACACCCACAGUCCGGUGGAAGAAAGAUGAUGCAGACUUACCGAGAGGCAGGUAUGACAUCAAAGAUGACUACACUUUGCGCAUUAAGAAGGCCAUGAGCACAGAUGAAGGAACCUACACAUGCAUUGCUGAGAAUCGAGUUGGAAAAGUGGAAGCCUCUGCUACCCUCACUGUGCGAGCUCGCCCCGUUG